UACCAAGUUCACCUCUCACCUCACACAUUCUCUCACAAUAUGACCAUGGUCUCAAAUGAUCCCACUUGGUGGCCGGCCAUCAAUGCAUAUUGUUUUGCCAGCUAUUUUGGAGGUUCGUGGAGAGCAGUCGGAUGUUGAAGCUGAGCGCUGACUCAGAUGUCUCAAUCUAACCUUGGCUCCGGUAUCGCAGUUGCUGCCUUUGUUGGGGUGAUGUAUGAUUGGGCACUCACAUUCGGACAAGAGGUCGAAUUGAUCUGGAGGCAACGCUGGUCCCUAAUGACAGUGACGUAUCUCAGUGUGCGCUACCUUGGAAUCCUAGUUGCUGCUCUGUACAUGGUUGGCACUGUUCCGACCAUCUUGCUGACAGAUACAGUGAGCCGGAUGAUGUACAUUAUAUGGAAUUGGACGAAUGUUGUGGUAUUUGCGAUGCUGUGGGUCAUCAUCAUCACUCGGUUGAAUGCCAUGUAUCAACGAUCCAGAAAAAUCCUGAUAUUUCUUGUUGUCACCUUCCUGGCGAUCAACACUUUUGAAGGAGUGACAGUCGUAAUAUCAACGAUCCAGACUUCAGGAGAGGAAUUCAUUCUCUCCGGCACCUACCAGUGCAUGAUCAGCUAUACAGGAGAUACCCUACCAAUUCUGAAUCCUGCUGCUUGGGUAAUCUACGUUGUGUGGGAGGUCCUUGCACUAUGUCUCGCAGUCUGGAUUGCAGUAAAACACUUCCGUGAACUGCGAUUACAUUCGGCAGGAGGGAUUAUCGGGGACUGUUUUACGGUGUUGAUGAAAACUCAUGUGCUUUACUUUGCAAGCUUUGUUGCUGUCUCUUGCUUCGAGCUCAUCGUUGAAUUCUCUCCAAUAAUAUCAACGAACCAAUUUGUCCUAGAAGAUCAGGCUUUUUUUGGCUUGGCUCAGAUUUUCUCAGUCAUGCAGAUGUUCGUGCUAGGACCACGGCUGAUCCUUGGCAUUCGAGAAUAUAAUGCCAAACUCGUGGCUGACUCUGACGCAGCAACCGGCAUGACCUCAAUCGCUUUCCAAGAGCGCGUGCAUAUAUCGACUGGCAGUAGUGUGUAAUGCUCGGUGAAGUUGACGAGAACCGUUGUCUAGUGCUUGCAGGGAGCACAGGAAAUUUGUUUUUUGUUUAUAUUCCAAGCCGGUGCUCCAGUAGUUAUUUAGUGUCACAAAAUAGAUGUCAAGGAAACAUAGGUUUAGACAAUAGUUUCGUCGUAGUAUUUAU